AUGCCUUUCAUGGCGAGUGCGAAUGGUAACUAUAGAGAUUGUUCAGCUCUCAGCAUAGAUAAACCUAUACUUAAUGUAAAUUGGUCACCUGAUCCUGUUGGUCCUGACGGAACCAUUAUGGCUUUUGACGUUA